AUGAAGAGUGAAAUUGCAAAGUUGCAUCAUCAAAAUGAAGAAGUCAUGGCUGAACACCAGCACUUGGAUGAUGACCUAAAAUGGGCUGUAUACGAAGGAAAGAGGAUGCAGAAAUUAAAUAACGAUCUUAUGGAGGAAUUAGAGUUUCUGGAGAAGAAAAUGCGAGGAGGAAAGGAUAAUAGCAAGUUAGGAGGGGAGAAUUCCAGGCUCCAGGAAGAGGCAGACGAAAAACUGCCUGGAAAUAACUUCACUGAAGAAAUCAUUAGUGAAGGAGAAAGAGCAAAACAGCUUUUACAGGAUGCUCUCCAUUAUAGGAGGGAGAUUGAAGGCUUGUUUGAGGCAGAACAGAAGAGAAGGAAGGAGAUGGAGAAUUCCCUCAGAGUCUUAAAAGAAGAGCUCGACAACAGGGACCUCCAAAUAGAAAGAUUCUUAAAUGAGGAAAGAAAAUUAAUAUCUGAAAAAGAGGACCUAGAAGAGAAGCUAUACAUCGCUCUUAAUCACGGGAAUGAACUGAACAGCUUGCUGGAGGAAGCAGCGAUGAGGAAGGCCAAAAAAAUUGCUAAUGAAUUAGAGGAAGAGGUCCAGAAAAGGGAGACCCAAAUACGCCAUUUGUUAGGCCAAGGAGAAAGACUCCAGGGAAGAACUGCAGCAACUUGGAAAAGAAUGUGA